AUGAGUUCAGACGAUACGGUCGAGGUGAUCAUACCGCUCGUCAAGACUAUAACCAACCUGACCUUCCGCAAUCUAUGCUACAGCAUAGCGGAUCCGCACGGAGAGGGGGAGGAAAAGAAGCAUCUCCUGCGGAAUAUCUCAGGGACACUAAAAUCUGGCCGAUUAACGGCAAUUCUUGGACCAUCCGGAGCGGGAAAAUCAACCUUAUUGAAUAUUCUCAGCGGUUUUAGGACUCAGGGAGUACAUGGGAAAAUCCUCAUCAACAACGAAGUGAUCGACUGCCAAAAGUAUCGCCAACUAGUCGCCUACACCGAGCAGGAUGUGCCGUUGCUGCAGAAUCUCACCGUGCGCGAAACGCUUCACUACGUGGCCGACCUUCGACUCUCGAAGAAUGUCUCCUACAUCCACAAGACAAAGAUAGUGAACGACAUAGUGGCGUUGUUGGGGCUGGAAAAGUGUUCCCACAGUCAAGCGCGGACACUUUCCGGAGGCGAAAGGAAGCGGCUCUCGAUCGGGUUGGAACUGGUCUCCAACCCGAAGAUCAUGUUUUUCGACGAGCCAACUAGUGGGCUGGAUAGUGUGGCCUCGUACCAGGUGAUAUCGUACAUGCGAGACCUGGCCCGGCAGGGACGCUGUGUGGCCAGUGUGAUCCAUCAGCCCAGCUCGGAGCUUUUGGAGCUGUUCGACGAUGUUUACGUGGUGGUCGAUGGCCGCUGCAUGUAUCAAGGGUCGUUGGAUGAUCUGAUACCGACACUGGAGGAGGUUGGAUUCACCUGCCCACAGUACUACAACCGUGCUGAUUUUGUGCUAAAGAUUGCAUCUCGUCAGAAUGAAGACACGGACAGUGUGGAAAAACUGAUCGCCCGAGCUGAUACUGCUAUCAAUGGAUAUUUGGAGCAUGAUACGGCUAACGUCGAUGAUGGAAAGUGUGUACUGGCGGAAAGGCGGUCCGGAUCCCAAUAUCCAAUCGCCUGGUGGCGUCAGUUUGUGGUACUGGUGAGACGGACCACCCUUGGAACGGUGAGGAACAUCACGUUGACGCGAUUCCGCCUGCUAGGCCAUCUACUGUUUGGACUCUUGCUCGGCAGCGUGUACUACAACGUGGGUGAUGACGGUGCGAAGGUGAUAUCGAACGUGUCCUGCCUCAUCGCAUUUCUCAUGUUUAUCGUGUUCGCUAACGCCAUGACAGUGGUUCUGACGUUUCCCCUGGAAAUGGCAGUGUUCGUGCGAGAGUACAAGAGCAACUACUAUCCUGUUUCGGUGUACUACUUCUCCAAGCUCGUCGCCGAUUUCCCGCUGAUGAUCAGCGGCGUAACCUGUUUCCAGCUCAUCGUGUACUACCUCACGGGCCAACCGAACGAAACCAACCGGGUGCUGAUGUUUUGGGGCAUCACCGUCCUAUUCGGGUGGCUGGCCCAGAUGUAUGGAAUGGUCUUCGGAAGUCUGCUGCCCCUCGAGGUCAGUCCAUUCGUGGUGCCAGCGUCGGUCAUUCCAGCAGUUCUAUUUUCCGGAUUCUUCAUCCGCUACAACGAGCUGCUACCUGUAUUCAAACCCCUUACCUACAUCAGCUACUUCCGGUACGGGUUUGAGGGAUUGGCACAGACGACCUACGGUUUGAACCGGACGCAACUCGGCUGCAGCGAAAUAUUCUGUUACUACCGUAAGUCGAGCAAGGUGAUGGAAAUGCUGCAGAUGGAACCCGAUUGGUAUUGGUAUGAUGUAGCAGGGCUGGGAGUGUGGAUAGCGUCGCUACAUGUUGUGUUGUACGUCAUUCUAAGACUGAGACUCAAAUGGAACCAUUAG